UCAUUUCCGAACCGAAGCAAGCUUCCGACCGACAAAGGAGCCCGAGAUAGUACGGAAGUGCGCCAGAGUUUGUUUUUCGUUUCCGUUCCAUAUCUCGCAAAACUUUCCGCAGCCAUGUUGAUCAAAGUGAAGACCCUGACCGGCAAGGAGAUUGAAAUUGACAUUGAACCCACGGACAAAGUGGACCGAAUCAAGGAGCGGGUGGAGGAGAAGGAAGGCAUUCCUCCUCAGCAGCAGCGUUUGAUUUUCUCCGGAAAACAAAUGAACGACGAUAAAACCGCACAGGACUACAAGGUGCAAGGAGGGUCCGUGUUGCAUCUGGUGUUGGCAUUACGCGGUGGUUUGUUUUAAGGCGGUGCGAAUACGAAGCGUGAUUCUUGGUCGCGGAAUCCGUCGCGCGCACGCUGGUUGAACGAUGAGCGGGAUUGGCCCGAACCAUGUCUCCGUUUUGCUUUAAAUUAUUAAUUUGAUAUUGUAUCGGAAAAUAAACUCAUGGAGUGACGCAUGAA